GCCAGUACACGGUGAUGAUGGCGCACUUCUACCUGAAGAGGAAGAUCGGCUACUUUGUGAUCCAGACCUACAUGCCCUGCUUCAUGACCGUCAUCCUCUCCCAGGUCUCCUUCUGGCUCAACCGGGAGUCUGUCCCCGCCAGGACCGUCUUCGGCGUCACCACGGUGCUCACCAUGACGACGCUCAGCAUCAGCGCCCGUAACUCCCUCCCCAAGGUGGCGUACGCCACGGCCAUGGACUGGUUCAUCGCCGUGUGCUACGCCUUCGUCUUCUCCGCCCUCAUCGAGUUCGCCACCGUCAACUACUUCACCAAGCGGAGCUGGGCCUGGGACGGCAAGAAGGCCCUGGAGGCGCAGCACCCCAAGAAGCGUGACCCCAUGGUGCUCUCCAAGAAGCCCAACAACGCGUGCACGGCCGGGGUCAACUACACGCCCAACCUCACCAAGGACAUGUCGGCCAGCAUCUCCACCAUCUCCAACACCACCUCGGUGCAGCUGCGCUCGGUGGGCAUCGGCGUGGGCAUGGGCAUGGGGGGCUCCGCCUCCGACGUGCGCGCCCUGGACCCCAAGAAGACGUACAACAGCGUGAGCAAGAUCGACAAGAUGUCGCGCAUCGUGUUCCCCGUGCUGUUCGGGACCUUCAACCUGGUGUACUGGGCCACCUACCUCAACCGCGAGCCCAUGGUCAAAGGGGUGCCUACCUCCACGUAAUCCCCGGCUGCCCCCCACGUACGCACACCUGCC